UUUUCUUUUCAAAAAAAUCUUUGAAAUAAAAUAAAAUAAAUUUUAGAAAAUCCAUGGCCUCCGGUGAUAAUUGCAGUGCAGUUCACCUGUGGAUAUGUGAUGAUGUAGGCGGGGUACAUGUUCUUUGUCACGUGACCAGUGACCCAGAGACUCAAAUGAAAUGGAGACAAGUUGAGGAGACCAGCCCAUAUGGGUCUGUAGUGGGUGGAGCUAAUGAUUCCGUCUGCUCUGUUGUUAAGGAAGACGGUGAAUUACACGUACGAGAUAAAAUCAAUUAUUCUAAUCCUUUGGGGAAGGCGUGGCUACCCACUCGUUGUCAUGUCACUAAAGUCGCCAUUGGUUCUAAGUAUUUGGUAGCUGUAUUGAGAGAGGGUGGGACAUUAAUUGGAAAUAUCGGUCGAGUGAGAAGCUCCAGUUAUUGUCCAAUAAAAUGGGAAGAAAUAUCACCGCCAUUCCCGCCAAAAUUGGCACAUGUUACCAUGACAACGAGUGAUUUCCUAUAUGGCGUAACGGAGGGAGGGGAAGUCCACGGUUGCCAUGGUAUCUCAGAUGACACGCGACCAAUCAAAUGGGAGAAACUUAGUAAACCGCCGAUAGUCAGCAUGCUGGGGUACAUAUCCAGUUUAUUUAGAGCGACUUCGCAAUUACUGUUUGAUAAUGUGACCACUGCAGCAGAGGGUUUAUGGUGCUAUUCAAAAAGGAAUGAUACUUUAUGGCUGUUUCAAUUACCAAAUAGCGGAUUCUCAACUAGUUGCUCGUGGAAGAGUUUCUCUCUUAAAAACCAGGCCCUUAAACUAGCAAGCAUAUCCGGUCAUCCUAAUAAUUUAUUGACCAUAUAUGGUAUAACGGAGGAUGGGCAGUAUCUGUAUGAGAUGAAGGGGAAGGAGGUGGAGUCAGUGCUUUCUUUCGCUGAGUUACCUUAUCAUGGACACGGAGACAUUGUAAUGACUACUGUUGCUUGUUCUCUAUUGACUGGCAAAGAAGAGUUGAAUAAUGAACCUUCUCUGUAUCCGAAAUUACCGAAAAUAAGAAGAGAAAUUGAUGAUGAAGUAAUUGAUACUUCCGAUACUCUAUUCACUUUUGAUAAUUAUCAAGAACAAUCCCGCAUCGAGAGAAAAAGGCGACGGAAUUUUGAUGACGAAUCGUACGAGACGAAGAGAGAAAAGGAUGACACGGAUUUGUCGUAUCUGUCGCCAUGUCAACAGACUACAGUCACCACACCCACUAGGACUAAAAUGUAUCGUCAUCCAUUUACUCACAAGUUGAUAAGAGACAUACCUGUUACCAUAAUAGCCCAGAGAAAGAGGAGCUGCGUGAAAAAGGAGGUUAAGUUUGCCACAUGUCAAGAAAUACUGAAAAAGUAUUCUUUUCCUUCUGAUCCUAUUGAUGAGUUAGAGGCAGUUCCAACUCCUCAUACUCAAUCCUUGAGCUCUCAUUCUCAAGCUGAAAUAUCUCAUUCCCAUGCUGCUGAUACAUAUACUUUUGUUCCUCCUCAUUCUGCUGAUACCUAUACUGUUGUUGCUCCUCAUUCCCAUGCUGUUGAUACCUAUACUGUUGCUGCUCCUCAUUCCCAUGCUGCUGAUACCUAUACUGUUGUUGCUCCUCAUUCCCACGCUGCUGAUACCUAUACUUUUGUUCUCCCUCAUUCCCAUUCUGAAGAUACUCAUACUCUUACUCCUAAUUCCCAAGCUACUGAUACCUAUACUGUAGUUGCUCCUCAUCCCCCUUCAAAUUUUGGUCUCUCCUCUUCCCCUGAUAUCAAUCACUCAUCAUCACCAUCACAAUUAGUAACUGGACACACUAAAUAUUAUACUGCUAUAAAUAACAAUAAACAAUAAUAAUAAUAAUAAUAAUAAUAAUAAUAAUAAUAAUAAUAAUAAUAAUAAAUUAAUA